AUGCCAAGCAAAAUGGCCCAGCGUGUUCGCUCUCUUGCCAUUAUCAUUCUUUUCGCGUGCAUCGCCGUCUCAGACACCUCGGGGGUAACAGCGCAGCCUUCUCUCCGGUGGCGCAAGGCGCUCAACGUGUCUACCGUGUUCAACGCCGCCAAGUUCGGAGCGGGCACGCAGAGCACGCGCAGCGGCUUCAUCGGCCUGCCCUACAGUAUGCUCCCCGUCCCUCUCGCUCCUCUCGCACCCCCCGCCUCUCUCCCACAUCCCCGCUUCUCCCGUCCCUCCCCCCGCUCUCGCUCCUCUCACCCCCGCCGCCCCUCUCACCCCCGCAGCCCCUCUCAACCCCCCGCCCCUCUCAUCCCCGCGGCCCCGUCGCUCGUGCCACCUCCGUCGUCCUGGUCGCCGCUGUCGCAAUCCUGGUCGCAAGCACGUCCGGGCUCCCAUCUUUUCGUGUGGCCGCUUCUACUCUCUCGCGCUCCGCAAAGCCACUUUAUCUCCUCACCGCCAGCCGUCGUUUGA